AUCACAAAAAUGGGUCUUCUAGGCGGUUUUAAAGCGAAACUGAUCGGAGGACCCAAAAAAACACGAAAAAUCGAUAAUAGUAUAGUUGUUGGUGUUAAAUUUAAGACAUUUUCCGAAUUCGAAAGCGAUUUGCCCUCGUCUAGUGAUGACAGUGUGCGGAAAAAACCCACAAAAAUCGACGUUUUCCAACGUAUAGAAGGAAAAAAUCAACUUACCAAUGGUUUUACACCCGCAACCUCAAGUUUUUCCACGUCUGAACCAUCACUGACAAACACAACCUUAAAUGUUACACACGAAACCCAAAAUUUAGAACGACACAACGAAAUUACAUCCGGAACUUUAAGUUUUGCCAAAUCGGAGCCGUCAUUGACAAAUGAAACCUUAAAUUGGACACACGGAACCCAAAAUUUAGAAAUUACAUCGGGAACCUCAAGUUUUGCCAAGUCGGAGCCGUCAUUGACAAAUGAAACAUUUAAUUUGACACACGGAACCCAAAAUUUAGAAAUUACAUCCGGAACCUUAAGUUUUGCAAAGUCGGAGCCUUCAUUGACAAACACAACCUUAAAUAUUACACAUGAACAAGAUGACACACUUACACUUGGUGCCCAAAGUUUGCCCGUUUUUGACUCAACCUUAAAUUUUACACACGGAGCCCAAAAAGAAAUUACAUUUGGUGCCCAAAAUGUCGACGAGGAAUCAGAUCUUUUCCCCGUUUUUGAGAAAGUUGCGGCGAAGCCACAAGCGGCUCCCCGAAACCUUAAGGUUGAGGAUAGAUCACCUCCUAAACAACCACCACCGCCGCCUCCUGAGAUGAGCGAUGUUGAUGACGAUGAUGGUAAUUUUACCAUACAUUUUGCCCAAAGUAAUAAUAAUAAUAAUGUCGAUAAUUCGUCGGAUGAUGAAAGUUAUGUCGACCAAGAACCGGAUUUCAGUCCUAUGGACUAUAGUAGUGCAGCGACGAGUAUUUUCUUCGGUGGUGAUGAAGAACCAAUUGUUACAAGACCAAGAAAUGUGGUUUUUGAUGAUGAAGAUGAUGAUGAUGAAGAUGAAGAACUGUCAGAUGGGAGUAGUGCGAGUGCUUAGUAUAGUUUCAAUUUUUACAUCAAGUGCCUUAAUUUUACAUUUGGUGCCUUAAAUAAAAAUCGUUGAUUUUUCAACCAAAACGAAAUAAUUUGUUUGAUUAAUUGGAGAAAAUUACGGGUUUACAUCCAGUGCCUUAAAUUUACACUUGGUGCCUUAAGUACCGCGCAACCUUAACUUUACAAACAUGCCCCAAAUAAUAAUUUUUGUUAAAUCAAUUAAAAACUUUAGACAUACCAUUUUUACAUCAAGUGCCCAAAUUUUACAUUUGGUGCCUUAAAUAAAAAUUGUUGAUUUUUCAACCAAAACGAAAUAAUUUGUUUUAUUAAUUUGAAAAAAAUGACGAAUGACGACCCAGUGCCUUAAUUU